AUGGAAGUUUGUGCCCAGAAAGACGGCUCCCUCUUUAUACGCAUUGAAUAUGACGAUGGGAACUACGAGGCUAUCAAGAUCGAUACUGUCCAGUAUUCCAUCGUGUUGGUGCUCAUGGAAUCGACUAAGGGUUUGGAUAUUGCGGGUAUUCAGGCAAAAUUAGAUAAUGUGUCUGAGAUUCCACCAUAUAUGGGUGACCAGUAA